AUGAACGCCAGCUGGAGAAUGUCCGAGAACAUCCAGGGCCUGUUGUCCGCUGGGUCGAAUGGUGACCUGGUGGCUGGCUCAAAAAUGAAAGGGCCCACACACUCUGAAUCCUCCAGGACCUGGAAGACGACAAUGUGUCCUGAAAUGAAGCCUAGAAAUGCUCAGAAUGCAGCCCUGAAGCUAGAUGAAGCUGUCCAUUUCACAGAAGCAACCAGCAGAGCUGGCGAGCAACGUGGCCCAGGACACAAGAACACCCACAUCAUCCUCCACCACUUGCAGUUCACCAUCCGUAAUGAGGAGGAGCUCAACAAGCUGCUGGGAGGAGUCACCGUAGCCCAGGACGGGGUCCUGCCCAACAUCCAGGCUGUGUUACUGCCCAAGAAAACUGGGCAUCCCAGCAAGGUUUACAACUGA